CUUUUAUUACCUUUGUGAGCCUCACUGAAGAAGUAGUUCAUUAGCAGAGAUUCUGAUGUACAUCACAUACUGGCUUUCUUCUCUUUUCCCUCUCUAUUACAUGCAGAACAUAGUGCAACAUAUAUAGUAGUUAUAUAAGAACACUCCUAAAUGCCCAUAACAAAAGCCCCACACAGCCCACUCUACUUCCUAAAACACUCCAACAUCAGCUUGUUGAAUGAAACUAUAAAAUAACUGCUCAGUUUAACGUGAGAGGGAGGUGGUAGAGAACAACUCUAGAGAGAGUAUCCUCCACGAAGAUCAUGACCUAGUUAAUUCAUGCCAUUUCCACUGACCACAGGGUCUGGGCUCACCUGCAGAAUAUUACAAUAGAUAAAUCCCUGGUUGGUUUGUUAUUUUUACCUCAAAGCAAAACUUCCUCCCUUCCUGGGAAAGUGUGAAGUCCUAGUUCCUGGGUACAUGUUGUAUCAGGGGCAUUUGCGUAUGUGUAAGCUGUCUAUGUAAAUAGUCCAAGGUACUUCAGGAUCUGAGAUCCUAACAUUGUCUGAGAGGCAGUAAGUGUUGUGUCCAUUAUACGCUUCCCAGCCCCUUCUCCAGAGAGCUCUGUGCCAACAGCAUGAUGCUUUCUCCUCCAUUCAUUUUAUAUUUGUAUCUCUUGGCUCCAUGUUAUUGGGCUUUCAUAUGCCAGAACACGGGGCCUUCUUCUAACUUCAGGAUGGACGGAGAUUACACGAUUGCAGGAUUUUUCCGACUGCAUAGCUACUCAACAACAGUGAAAUCUAGACCGGAAGUUGACAUAUGUGACAGAGCAGCCUCUGUAAACAGCCAUGGCUACCACCUGUUCCAAGCCAUGAGACUCGCCAUCGAGAAGAUAAACAACUCCAGCAGUCUCCUCCCCAAUGUCACUUUGGGCUACGAGAUCUACAACACAUGCUCAGAAUCUGCCAACAUGUAUGCAACGCUGAGUAUCCUUGCCCAGAGCAGGCAACACCAUGUGGAAGUGCUCAGCAACUUCACACACUACCAGCCCAAGGCUGUGGCUUUGAUAGGACCAGACAGCAGCCACUUUACCCUCACCACUGCAGCUAUCCUGAGCAUCCUCCUUAUGCCAGAGAUUAGUUACGAAGCCUCCAACGAGUUGCUGAGCCUGAAGAGCGCCUACCCCUCGUUCCUGCGCACCAUCCCCAGCGACAGGCUGCAGGUCGAGGCACUAGUGCUGUUGCUGCAGGAGUUCAGGUGGAACUGGAUUGCGGUGGUGGGCAGUGAUGAUGCCUAUGGCAGGAACGGGAUAAAGACCCUGAAAGAAGUGGCGGCUAAGCAUGACAUCUGUGCCGCCUACCAAGGAAUCAUCCCCAUGAAGGGGGGUGCCAACAGCCCAGAGUUGAAGGAGAUGCUUAGAGUCCUUGUGGAGACCGGUGUCAAUGUCACCGUCGUCUUCUCCAAUGUGGACAGUGCUACAGACUUCUUUGACAUGGUGGUUCAGGAGAACGUGACGGAGAAGGUGUGGCUGGGCACUGAGGCCUGGUCUCUAGCCUCAGAAGUCUGGAGCAUCCCCGGCAUCCACAGAAUUGGCACGGUGAUUGGGUUGUCAGUCAAGCAGGCAAAGCUUCCAGGAUUGGAGGAAUUUGAAUCUGCCCAUGUGAAUUCAGAGAAAAGUAAUGUAGCCAUGUGUGCCCCUGAUUUGGGUGCUGAAGGGAGCAGUGGUGGGAGCAGCAGCAAUGAGAGUACCAGCCAAGGCUGCAAUCAGAUCUGCACAAGGUGCCACUCACUCACUUCAGCGCCCCAGACGUUUGACAUUUGGGCUGCCUUUAAUGUGUAUUCGGCGGUGUUUGCUGUGGCCCGUGGCCUGCACAACUUGCUGGGUUGCUGCUCGGGAGCGUGCAGCAAGGACAAAGUCUAUCCCUGGCAGCUCCUGGAAAAAAUCAAGCAGGUGAAUUUCACUCUGCAGAAUAGCAAGGUGCUUUUUGAUGCCAAUGGGGAUCCCCUGACAGGCUAUGACCUCGUCAUGUGGAAGUGGACUGGCCUGACCUGGUCUUUUGAUGUGAUUGGGUCUUUCCUCCAAAAGCCAGACGGACUGAACAUCAACCGGGAUGGAAUCCUGUGGCAUACAAAGGAUAAUCAGGUGCCUAUGUCAGCUUGUUCAAAGGUCUGCGUAAAAGGAGAGAAGAGGAUGCAGGUGGGGCUUCACCAAUGCUGCUUUGACUGCGUGGCCUGCCCCGCAGGAACCUUCCUGAACAGCAGCGACCUCUACAAUUGCCAGCCCUGUGGGACAGAUCAGUGGGCCCCAAUGAAGAGUGAAAUCUGCUUGAAUCGGACCACCGAAUUUCUGUCCUGGGCUGACCCCGUCUCCUGGGCCUUGCUGACUGCCAUCACCCUUCUGCUGCUGCUGCUGGCAGGGACAACUGCCCUCUUUGCCCAGAACCUCACCACGCCAGUGGUCAAGUCGGCAGGCGGCAGAAUGUGCUUCCUCAUGCUGGGCGCUCUGAUCUGUGCCUGCUGCAGCCUCUACUGCUACUUUGGGGAGCCCACCUGGCACACGUGUCUGCUGAGGCUGCCCAUCUUCUCCAUUAGCUUCACCAUUUGCCUCUCGUGCAUUGCAACCCGUGCCUUCCAGAUCGUCUGCAUCUUCAAACUGGCGUCUAAGUGGCCUGCCUUCUAUAGAGCCUGGGUGAAGCACAACGGACCCAACCUGUUCAUCGGAGCCUGCACAGUCACCCAGGUGGCGAUGUGCCUGGUCUCGCUCAGCAUCAAUCCCUCAGUGCCCAGGAAGGACUACACGACCUUUGUGACGAUGACCAUCUUCCAGUGCUCGGAAGAUGAUGCUGUGUGGGGGCUGCUCUACAACACAAUGCUCAGUAUCUGCUGCUUUGUCAUCAGCUACAUGGGGAAGGACCUGCCUGAGAACUACAACGAGGCCAAGUGCAUCACCUGCAGCCUGCUUAUCAACUUAGUCAGCUUCAUCUGCUAUCUCACCACCUACAUCUUCUACCAUGGCAAAUACCUGGUGGCCAUCACUGUGCUGUCCAACCUGUCCACCCUGUCUGGGAUCUUUGGAGGCUACUUCCUCCCCAAGGGCUACAUCAUCCUCUUCCGAGCGGAGCUCAACACCACUGAGCACUUCCAGAUGUCUAUCCAGAGUUACACCAGGAAGAGCAGCUCAGACUGAGCUCACAGGCGGGGGAGCAGGGAGACUUUGGGAUUUAUAUGGGGUGGAUGGGGGGAGGUCCCUCACAGCUGUUGAAUUCUGUGCUCUCAGCAUCCCACUGUGGAGGAAGAGGGUGUGACAGAGAUCUGUGCAGGGAGCUGCAGGGGGGCUCUAGUGGGAGCUGGGGAUGAGAUGGGGGGUGCGGAGGGGUGGAGUGAAAUGAGCUCAGGCCUGUGACUACCUGCCACCAGUAACUGAUCCUGCUGGGCUGCGAGGUGAGAGUAGCUGUGUGGGAGUUGGGAUGGAGGGGGUAUUGGGCAACAUACCCUGCAGGGGGCACAUGGGAGCACGCAGGCCACAUGGGGUCUGUGCUGUGGGAGGUGGCAGCAAGAAAAGACAGACUGGAGAGCUCCCAUGUUUCAGUUAGAACAGGCGUUGACAAAGCUGGGCCUGGGGCCUUGCCUCACUCCCAGCCAGCCUGUGGGGUCAGGGACAACUCAUCUGCCAUGCUCUUCAUCUUCCUUGUGAGUGGAAGGCCGGCCCUGUGACAGAGCCAUGUGCAGGGGGCCUAUGCAGGGCACAGAGGUUGUGACCCCAGAGCCUAGUGGGUGAGGGAGUUUAGGGGCAGUGAGGUCAGCCCGGGGCAGUAAUGCUUUGCUCUCCCCUUUCGUGGCUCCUUCCCACCUCCAGCCCUCCAAGGGACAGAGCUUCCCAGAGCCGCAUCCACACCAGUCCUGCUGCCAGCACCAGGGCUGCACUUUGUGGCAGCACAAGACUGGCUCCAUGAGCUAGUGCACAUCCUUAGCCAGGCUCCAUGGCUCCAGCAUUUCAGGAGCACUAACUCCCACUGUUACACCCUGCAUGGAAUCCUCAUAGCCGCAAGAUGGCAGCCCUGCAUGCCACCUGCCCAGCUGCAGCGUAAGUUGCAGGUCACAGAUCUGGAGACAACAGUAGGUCCCAAGGGGGCCACAUCCUCCAAGACAAGACUGCUGUAGGGCAUGGGGAAUGGAAUGGAUGACACAAGUCAUUAUACUCUAUCCUGGCUCUUAAACACCUACCCUCAAGAGACAGAUCUGGGCUUCUCUUUUCUCCCUACUAAAUGGAUGGAAUACCUGGUGAGUGGGGCUGGGUGGGGGACGGGAUCCCCAUGAGCCCAGCACCUCGGAACAGGAGGCUCUUGAUGAUUUGCUCAUGCCCCUGGAACUGAGUGGCCUGAUAGUCUCUCAGGCUGGUUACCCAAGAGACGUGAGAACAGCUUCCUGGGAGGCUUGGACCACUGGCUUUGUCAGCUCAAGGUGGAAAAGGAGGGGCUGAGCACACUGGCCAGCCUAGGAUAAAAACGCCCCUUUUCUCUCGGGUGCUGAUAUGGGUAGAGAGGGGGGCUGGGAACAUGCUGCUGCUUCUCAGCACCAGGCACCCAGCACCCACGCACAGGCUCAUUCCCUCCCACGGGACACUAUGGGACACUGAGCAGAGGUAACUUACAUAGCGGGCACUCAGAUCCAGUCCUCAUGCUCUUCUCCCUCAGCAUCUGAAGCCAUUUCACUGUGCCCUCAGCCCCUCCCUCUCACCUGCCCCACAAAGUUCUGACCUUAAGUACUAUUUUGUCAGAUAAUUUUUAUUGUUAAACUGCCAUUAAAUAUAACACAGGAGAAAAAACACAAAUGUCUCUCCAAAAACAGGUGGCAACAGCACCCAAACGGCCAACAACAGUCAAUCAAACUUCACUGGAAACUCACUCACUGCUGCAUUACAGCCCAUAGUUAGCCCCGCUCCUACCCCUGGGGAGUUACAAGAGCCUUUGCCAACAGUGGCAUGGUGACUGGCUGCAAGCUGCAAUUCCCAGGGUCUGCUGGAUUUGCCCAGGGAGGCUGAAUGCAGAUUUUUGCUCCUCUUUCAGGGUGAGUCACUCCGUUGUCAGUUUCAGCUGAGAGCAUCCAGGGGCAUAACAUCUGCCGCCAUGUGUAUGAGGUUCCCUUCCAGCCAAGUAUGCCAGCAAUGACCAAGGGGAUGGAGCUGUUCUGCCUGGAGCAGUUUAUAGCCUGUCCCUCAAUGACAAGGGGCUCUUUCUGCCAGGGCCUCCAAAGCCCCUCUGCGUUCCCUGCGGCUCUGGGACAGGCUCCCACCCUGCACUCAGCAGUUUGCUAUUUGUUGCCUCAUGCUCCCCGAGUGAUGCAAACUGCAGUGCCUCCUGCAAACUCCAGGCCUAACCUCCACUGUGCUGGGAAAGUGCUCCCCUGUGGAUGGGCAGGAAGCCAACCGAGCUUUCUGAAUGAGAUACGCAGGCUGUUUGUCUUCCUUGGAUGCCCAGAGCACACUAGUCACCUCCUUGCUCCAAAGAGCUCCUAUUCUUAGCUCAGUGACACAAUAAGGUCAUCACCAAGGUCUGUGGUGGGAGGGAGCCUGGGGAGAGGAAGGACGAUGAUGCCAAUAACACAGUCAUGCUGGGAUGCAGAAAGAUGUGCACACACAAGGAACGGGCUACUGAGGGAAUUUGCACAAAUAUCACAUGCUCACCCCCCCAUUGCACACUCACCUCCCCCAUUUCACACUCUGCUCACUCACAUAGGUCAAUGGGCUACAGGGUGUCUCUCUGGCUUCACGGCCAGGCUUAUGGCUUUUUCAGGGAACAGUUUUAUUCUUCACUAUAAAACCUAGGCCAAACAGCAAAACCCACCAACCCCCCCCCCCUAGUUCUGGCCACCAGGGGCUCCUGCUCCCAGAGGCUUUUCCCCUGGGGUCUCUUAACACUUAGAGGGAACAACACAGCCUUCAGCAGAAGCCCAUCUCCAUCCUUCCCACCUGAGGCAAAGUCUUCACUGCCACGUCAGUGUAACUUUUUCACAUGUAAGUUACACCUAAGCGCCGGUGUGGACGGUCCUAUGUCGGCAGGAGAGCAUCUCCCAGUGCCUCUCGCAGAGGUGGAUUCAUUGUGCCGACAGGAGAGCUCUCUCCCGUUGGCCUAGAGUGUCUUUGGCAGGCGCACGGCUGUGGCUUGGUUGCAGCUGUGCCGAUGUAGUGCUUCUAGUGUAGACUAGCCCUGAGUCACCUGGUGGCUUGAUAAUCCCUUACUCCCUUCCCAGAUGGGCCUGAUAGUUGAACAGGGCUACUUAGCACAGGUGCCGACUCCGUGGGUGCUCCGGGGCUGGAGCACCCCUUGGGAAAAAUUGGUGGGUAUCCUGUACCCACCGGCAGCUCCCUGCCCCGCCCCAGCUCACCUCCGCCUCCGUCUCCUCCCCUGGGCGCGCCGCGUCCCUCUUCUCCCCCCUCCCUCCCAGCGUUUGCCGCCGCAAAACAGCUGUUUCCUUGUAGAAGUUCCUGCUCCUAGUAAGUGGAAUUACUGAGCCCUGAGACUACCAGAGCAAGACAGGCUGCAGAUUUUAUACAAUGGACCAGAUUCUGAGACUCCCACUUGUAUUAAGUAGCACCUUACUCAGCAAACAGUCCUACUGACUUAGAUGGGCCCUGUCAUGGAGCGAAGUGCUACUCAACCUGAAAUAGGAGAGCAGAAUCUGGCCUAAUAGCUGCACAGAUUUUGGAACAGUACCAAGCUCAUCACAUGGAAGGAUAUUUUAAUGACAAGUCCUUGUAACAUACUUAAAGGCUCCCCAUGUCCAGCCCAGAACCCUUGGCAGGAAGCUUUCUGCUCUCCCAUAGCUGAAGCUUAUUUUAUUCCUUGUCUAUUAAGCUGUCAUUGCUAACUGUAGCUAUUGCAAACAUUCCUGUGCUGCAGAAUGCAAAUGGUGGGUUGUUACAAUGUUUCAUGAGCUGCCAGACUCAAUAAAAAGAAAUCGCUAAUGACAGCCCGUUUAAUUACAGAUUCUCCUUUUUUAGGUCACAACUGAAUAUUCACUGAGUCAACCAGAGGGAGCAGGGCUGCAAUAACUAAGUCACAGCAAAUACCAAAGGUGGUCAGUCCCUCCAUACGGACGUCAAAUGCUAGCAAGUAACCGACUCUCCACGAAACAGCUCUAUGCAUAGGCCUGGAAAGGUGUCCAUGGUGCUAAAUGCAGGAGUCUAAAUAAAGCCUCCAGCUGAUUCCCUGCUGAUUCUCCUUAGCAACAGAGACCCAGGUCAGGCAGAUGCUAUAGCAUGUUGCGCUCAGUGAGAGGAGAGUUUGAUGCUCUGAAGCCUCUGGCUUUUGAGACACACAAAUCCACGUUAAUUAAUAUCCACAUGAAAAAUGACAGCUAUUGUGAUAGGAGUCCCUGUGAGUGAUCGAGGUCCUGACAUGGCCUUCGUGCCUGCCCAUCCGAGCACCUCAGAGUCAUUCAUGGAUCUUUAUAC